AUGGGACAAGCUCUGAGAACAGCACCGAAAUCGUACUGGGCCUCAUUGAAGCACUCUCUCAGCUUUAUGUAUCUCACCAAAUGCAAAGGGUUCAAAAUUGGAGGCGAAGAGCGUGGCAAGUAUGGAUAUCGAUUAACUUUCGCUAUAGCUUAUAUGAGAGAUCUAGGCAUGGAAUAUGGUGUGUUUGGCGAAUCAUUUGAAACGUCUGCACCGUGGGAUAAGGUACUAAAUCUAUGUCGAAAUGUCAAGGAGCUUAUCAAGCGAAAAUCGAAAGAACUAGGAGUCAAGUGGGCAAUCAUAAGCUGCAGGAUCCCCCAAGUAUACGACGCUGGAGCCUGCGUCUACUUUUAUUUUGCCUUCAGCUGUCGAGGACUUGACAACCCAUUGGAGGUCUACAAUAAAAUUGAGAGCCUGCUCGAGACGAAAUACAUCGCUUGCGUAGCAUAUCCCAUCAUCAUGGAGUGGGAAAGCUAA